CAAUUUUCUGUGUUGAUAAAUAAAGAAUUUGUCUUUAUUAUGAUUUUAAAUUAAAAUUGAAUGUUAAAAUUUAUACAAAUUAGUUUAUUCACAAAAUAUUUUGCCGCCCCAACACGAGGUUGUCGACCAUACACAAAAGAAAUGAGCAAAAAUCAAGACAAUCGGCUGGAAACAUUUCGCCGCAUCUGUGAUGAAAUUGGUGAAGAACGUAGUUACAACAAUAAAGCGCAAUUGCUGAAAGAGUUUUUGCAAAAAGGCACGGAUAGUAAAGCUUUCAAAGGUGACACACUACUAUGGAUACAAAUGUUAAUACCUGGCGCUAGCCAUCGUGUCUACAAUUUACAAAACAAACAAAUGCUGAAGUUGUUCUCACGUAUAUUUGUCUGUGAGCUACAGGAGAUGCAACGUGAACUAGAGCAAGAUGGUGAUGUUUCGGAAACGUUGCGCAAAUAUUUUGAGUCCUCAAAGAAACUGAAACCGCAAACAGAAAGCGUGCUUUAUCUGCAAGACGUUGAUGAGUUUCUAAUAAAACUAGAACAGCGUACGAAAGAGGAUGAGCAGACCGAUUUACUGCGACAAUUAUGUAAGCAAGCAACUGCUAUGGAUUUGCGAACGAUUAUACGACUCAUCAAGCAAGACUUGCGCAUAAAUGCCGGUGCGCGUCAUAUACUCGAUGCAUUUGGUCCACUCGCCUACCCUGCCUAUCAAUCGUCGCGAGAUUUGGCUGUGGUCGUCAAACAAUUUGCCGGUAAAGGCAAGCAGAAAGAGGUGAUAGUGUCACCGAUCAAAGCAACAAAAAUAACCGGUAAAAUUGGUUUCGUACAAGUAAUGACACCCAUCUCGCCCAUGCUAGCCAAUGCCUGCAAAUCAGUGGAAGAAGCUUUUAAAAAAUGUCCGAACGGUUUAUAUACCGAAGUAAAGUACGAUGGCGAGCGCGUGCAGAUACACAAACGUGGCAACGAAUUCAAAUUUUUCAGUCGUAAUUUAAAGCCUGUUAUGGACCAUAAAAUCAAAAGAUUUCAUGAACUUAUACCGAAGGCUUUCCCCGGUGGUGGCGACAUGAUUUUGGAUUCUGAAAUCAUUUUAGUGGAUACCAUAACGGGGAGUUUACUACCAUUCGGUACUCUGGGAGCGCACAAAAAGAAAGAAUUCUCACACGCAGAGGUGUGCAUUUUCACUUUUGACUGUUUGCUCUAUAAAGGAGAGGACCUGACAAAUGUUCCUUUCCACAAACGCAGAAAAAUUUUGGAGGAGAAUAUCAAUCCCAUAAAGUCUUGUGUCGAACUUUCAGAAAGUCAAUUUUUGAAAACUAAGAACGAGUUAUCGCUUAUGACCGCCAAGGUCCUGAAGGCGAAUCUCGAAGGUGUGGUAUUGAAAAAUCCAAAUGGCACAUAUCAACCCGGCAAACGUGGUUGGCUGAAAGUGAAGAAGGACUAUCUCUUCGGCGGCAAAAUGGCUGAUACAGCCGAUUUGGUUGUGCUGGGCGCUUGGUUUGGUUCCGGCAAGAAAGGCGGUAUUCUGAGCAUAUUCCUAAUGGGCUGUUACGACAGUAGAGAUAUGCUCUGGAAGACUGUGACCAAAGUGCAUUCCGGUCUGGAUGACGCCGAAAACGAAAAAGUACAUGAGGAGCUUAUGCAGCUAAUGGAACGCGCUGACCCCAACCAAGUGCCCACAUGGUUAUUAUGCAAAAAGGCGCUGGUGCCCGAUUAUUUAGCGAAGAAACCAAAUAAAAUGCCCGUAUGGGAGAUAACGGGAGCGGAGUUCACCAAAUCGGAAGCGCACACAGCGGCUGGAAUCUCAAUACGUUUUCCACGUAUCACAAGGCUACGAGUAGACAAAACUGCUGAGCAUGCAAAUGAUUUGGCAUAUCUGCAGAAACUUUAUGAGGCCUCUAAGAAUGAUGUUAAUGUUGAUUUGUUGCUGUCAAACUGUGAGGAUAAGAAUGGUGUGGUAAAUGUAAAAAUCGAGGAAAUUGACUCCAAGAUUAAUCUAACGCCAAAGAAAAAGGUCAAAGGUGGAAAUGAUGAAGAUGAUAUACCAGGAAGUAGCAUUAAGUUAAAGAGAAAAACCGACGAGGUGGAAAAAGUGGGGUUGUGCGAUAGUAAGAAGCGGAAAACGCAGAGCCCCAAAGUGAAGACGGAAAGUACACCAACCAAAGUUAAGAUAGAAGGAAAGCUUAGUAAACAAACGAAGUUGGAUUUUGGUACGCUCGUCAAGAAGGAAGCGAAGUUUAGUGAUUUCGUUAAGAAUGUGGAUAUCAAGUCAGAAUCUCAAACAGAUGACAUCAGUAGUAGUAAAGUGAAGAAAGAAAGUGACUUAUUUAAGAAUUUAGUGGCAUACUUUGACAGCGAAGUAGACGCAGCGCAGUUGAAGUGCACUUUUGUAUCGAACGGUGGUUUGGUAACCAAAAAUCCAAAAGAUGCGAAUAUUGUGUUUCAUGCAACGACAAUACUUAACGGUAAAAAUUUAAGUGAACUUAGAGAUCAUUACAAACGUACGGCGCGCCAUGUAAGCAUCGAUUGGCUACGGGACUCGCUGAGAGAGUGCAAGUACCUUGAGUAUCCCAUAUACGCUGUUGUACUACAAUAGCAACAACAAAAACUACUUUAAGUGAAAAGUCAGUUGUUAUACAUAUAUACAUAUACAGCUUUUGUUUUGAGAUAUUUAACAAAAUCUUAAUUUCACAAAUAAUUAUCUAUAUUGCACCGUUAGAAAAGGUUUUUGAUCUUAUCGCACACCGGCGUUUGCUAAACCAAUCAACGGUGUUUGUUUAUAUUUUUGAUAAGUGUUUAACUUUAUUAAGUGCCCUCUACUUUGUUGAAUAAAGCUACUCGAAAAAGCUCUGAUAA